GUGAGCAGCAUAGGGAAGAUCAGCGGCAGCGGCAGUGAACUCAGCAGGACGUCGAGCAGGACAAGCAAUCCACCGUACAGAUACCAGCUGCCUGCCGCGCAGGACAGCAGGACUACCUUGAGAGAAGAAGCUGUCAUGAACUCCGCGGAAUCAUCUGAUACGUGUGUGGUGCUAGCCAACCCUGCGAGAAAGGUGGUCAGACCAGCAGCCAGGAGAAUGGGUGUGAAAAUCCCAGAUGACAUCCUGCAAGACCCCCUUCUCAACGCCGCCAUCAAGGUGUUGCCUUCAAAUUACAAUUUUGAGCUGCACAAGACCAUCUGGCGCGUGAAGCAGCGCAAUGCCAAAAUUGUUGGUCUGCAGUUGCCCGAGGGUCUUUUGCUGUACGCAACCACCCUGGCCGACAUCAUCGAGCAGUUCACCGAGUGCGAAGAGGUGGUCAUCAUGGGGGACGUGACCUACGGCGCUUGCUGCAUCGACGACUUCACCGCAAAGUCGCUCGGCGUGGAGCUGCUCGUGCACUACGGACACAGUUGUCUCGUGCCCUUCGACAGGACGUCCUCAUUCAAAGUGCUCUACGUCUUUGUCGACAUAAAAAUUGACAUUCUGCAUUUUAUUGAGUCGGUGAAAUUAAAUUUUCCCAAAGACCGGACCCUGGCGUUUGUAAGCACAGUGCAGUUUAUCCCCUCACUAAAUGAAGCUGCUACGGAACUGAGGAUGAUCGGCUACAAUAUUGUAAUACCCCAAGCAAAACCUCUGUCUGCUGGGGAAAUUUUGGGCUGCACUUCGCCGAAUCUAGAAAGUACAGUAGACGCUAUUAUUUACUUGGGCGAUGGAAGGUUUCAUCUGGAGUCUGCCAUGAUUUGUAAUCCAUCAAUACCGGCUUAUAAGUUUGAUCCAUACGAUAAAAAAUUCACUAUAGAAGAAUACGACCACGAAAUGAUGCUUUCCUUCAGAAAAGAAUCUGUGGAAAAGGCAUUCAAGGCUGGCACUUUUGGUCUCGUUUUGGGAACACUUGGACGGCAGGGGAGUCCAGCUGUCCUUUCUACGCUUCAGGAUCGUGUGAAGUCCAGCAACCUGGAAAGUGUGGUGGUCCUCCUUUCAGAAAUCUUCCCCCAAAAACUGAAUUUGUUCGGCCCUUCGAUCGACGCCUGGGUGCAAGUAGCGUGUCCGCGGCUCAGCAUCGACUGGGGCAGGGCUUUCGACAAGCCCCUACUGACCCCUUUCGAGUUCAACAUGGCUCUUAGAAAAAACUCGACCCUAUUAAAGGAUGGCCACUACCCCAUGGACUACUAUGAACACGAGAGCCGAGGAGACUGGACGCCCUAUCACAAGCACUCCAAAUGCGACUGUGAAUCUGGAAAGUGCUGUUGAAGAUAGUACUGCUGGCGUGCCUCGUUGCACUCUGCCUCGCUUACGAUCCUGAAGACUCCAAGCUGGCCAAAGUUCUCCUUCCAGAGGGCGAAUUCGAAGCUUUCUACCCUCAACGCGCCUUCGGGACGGUCGGGGGCGACGCA